AUGUCCACGGGUUCAGAAAGCCAAAAAAAAUUGCUCCCCCUUGAAGAUGAUACCUCUGUCAACAUUUGCGACAUCGGUAUUGCCUUCCCAACGGUACUGCAUGUGGUGAGGAAAACGAACUUGAGUGACGAAGCUUUGAAAGCGCAAAUUCAGAUGACUUGUGAUGUUGCGCUGGCCAAUGUUAUGGAUCUCGACGGAUUUAUGAGGAUCACAAUGCGGGGUUCUUUGUUGAAAAAGGAGUUGCAGCAGGUGUUGCGUGCCGAUUUGUAG